AUUUCCACCACGCUGACGUGGCGUACCUGCCUUCGUCUUUUACUUCCCUUCCCCUGCUUCUCGUUCUCUCAAUUCUCACAAGAUUUGUUUCUCCUUUAACAUCGCUCUGCUCUGCUCCCCUUCUCUGGGUCUAAUCUCCGCCGUUCAUCUCUUUCUUUUUUCUGGCGUUUUUCGCUUUCUUCUCCUCUGUUCUUCAUCUGUAGCUUGAGGUUGUGGUUAACUGGUCAUCAAGAUCCAGGCUUUUCGUUUUUCCGGUCGCCGGAGAACAUUUUUUUCUGUUUCUGGACAUACCCUCUUGUUCAGUUUCCUUUAAUUUUUGAAGCUCAUCUGCGCCCUGUUUUUUCCCAUUGUUUCUGAACUGUAAGUCAUAUCGAUACCAGUUUACUUCUUUUCCGUUUGGCUGUUACUGGGAGCCUGUAGUUCCGCGAGAUUUUCUUUGGAGGAAAAGCAUAAAAGUUUUGAUCUUUAUUGAAGAAAGUUGGUCUGUGAUCCAAGACUUUCCCGAGUGUGAACAGGGCUGUUCAGUGAUCACAGAAUUUGAGGAGUUUGUAACAUCCUCGGAUCUAAUAUUUGUCGUUGAAUCAUAGUUGUAUACAAGGUUUUCUCUUGGCUCAGAAACUUCAGAAGCAGAAGUGGCGUAGGCAAAUUAAUGGUCCCAGCGCCGAUGACUUCUCAGGAUCAAAAUGGAGGGAUGGGCAACUGCAUUUCUGCUAGGAGAAUUCAACAAUCAGAUGAACAUGCUAUAAAGGUUAGGAAACCAUACACGAUAACGAAACAAAGGGAAAGGUGGACUGAAGAAGAGCAUAGGAAGUUCCUCGAUGCUUUGAAACUGUAUGGUAGAGCGUGGAGGCGAAUAGAAGAACAUGUGGGCACAAAGACUGCAGUUCAGAUUAGAAGCCAUGCCCAAAAGUUUUUCUCAAAGGUCGAGCGUGAGUCGAAUGGUGAUGAUGCGAAAACUGUGAAACCUAUUGAAAUCCCUCCUCCUCGCCCGAAAAGAAAACCUAUGCAUCCUUAUCCUCGUAAACUGGUAAUAACUCCAGUUAGUGUAGUAGGCAUGCUGGAUCCCGAGAAACCAACUAGGUCUCUGUCCCCUAACCUGUCUGUCUCGGAGAAAGAGAACCGGUCUCCUACUUCUGUAUUGUUUGCGCUCGAUUCAGAAGGCCAAGCCUCAGCAGAUUCAUCGCCAAAUGCUAGCCCGUCAUGUGUCUCAUCAGCUACUGGCGGUGGCAUUCUGUUUUCUAAACAUUGCAAUGUGUUGGUUGAGGAGAAUGGAUCUUCUUCGCCACCUCCCGGGAAUCUCGAAUUGCUUCCUUUAGAUGAUGGUCGUGUUAGGGAGAGCUCGACAGCCCAAUAUCUGAAGCUUUUUGGGAAAACCGUAUUAGUUUCUGGUUCCCAUACACUUUCGUCUCCAACUUCUCGAGACUUGAAGGCUCCAAUGGCAACACAUUCAUUCUCUUGGAACUUAUCGAUAGGGCAUGGUGAUUAUUCUGAAUGCAAGCCGGUUCCUUCCCUCCCAUGGGCGUUGCCUCGUGCUCCUUCUUCUUCGGCUGGUUUCCCUUGUGUGCAGGUUCAUAGCCCCGUUGCAAUCAAAGCACGUCCAUUUUCGUUUGACAGUAAGGAUAAUGUGGAAGAGAAAGAAGACGCCAAGGAAGGAUCUUCCACUUGUUCAAACAGUGGAUCGGUAAAUGUAGGAAUAUGUGUUGACAAGAAUUUGGAUACCGAAACUCAGAGUGGGCAGCGAAUAGGGAGCGAUUCGUCAUGCUUCAAACGUACUACUGAGAUAGUUAUUUUGGAGCAAAAAACUGCAAGAUCCACCAAGAGAACAAAGGGUUUUAUGCCAUACAAGAGAUGUUUAGCGGAAAGAGCAACCCGUUUGCCUUCAAUAACCAGUGAAGAGCGCGAGAAACAGCGAACACGUCUAUGUUUAUAGCAGGUUCUAACUGCUGGCUUGUUUAUUAUUUCCAUUUGAUGAUGAGAAAUUUUGUGACAGUAAUUGCUGGAUUGGCUUGAAGAGCAAUACCCAAGCAGUUCAGCUAAUUGUGUAGGUUGUCCGCAUUUUCUUCCACUCAAUUGUCCAAAUACCAGUCAUCUUCUACUGCGAAGACCUUGCAUAAUGCAGGAUUCUUGUACAUUAUUCUUGCAUAUUAUAAGAAUGAUCUUACAUCUUGUAAUAUUUCCAUUUGAUUUCUCAACUGUAAAAUGUGAAUAAUGAUGGCUGUUCUUUAAUGUAAGAGGUUGCUAGCUUUUGCCAUA